UCUCUGCUCCAUAGACACCCCACACCGAGUACAGGAUGGACCACCUUCCUCUGCUCCUCUACCUCUGCGCAGUGCUGGCACUGAGCCGUGGAUUCAGCGUAGACGUAGAGGGACCCAUCACCUUCCAGGAGGCAGCUGAGGGGUUUGGGCAGAGCGUGUUGCAGUUCAGGAGUGCCAGUGAUGGGGGGCUGAUCAUCGGGGCUCCACUGCAGACAGGAAACAUGAAUGAAACCGGCAAAGUCUACAAGUGUGACCCAGGCUCCAGACGCUGCCAGGAGAUCCCCAUCCAGAGGUCCCCGGAUGCCAUGGACACGUCCCUCAGUUUGUCUCUGGAUGCCCAAGGCUCCCAGUUCCAGGUAUGCAGCCCCAAGGUGCAUCAGGACUGUGGGGAGAACCCGUACAUCAGUUACCACUGCAUCCCUCUGCAGCAGAGCUUCUCGCAACUCCAGCGCAUCCCGGACACCCAGCCAAAGUGCCCCAAACAUGUCACAGACAUAGCGCUCCUCAUCGACGGCUCGGGGAGCAUCGCAUCUGUGGACUUUAGAAAGAUAAAGACGUUUAUCUCUGAGAUCAUGAAGCGUUUCCGCAGCACCGACACGCAGUUUGCCCUCAUGCAGUACUCGAACAAAUUUACAGAGCACUUCGACUUCUCACAGUACAGGAGGAGUCGCGACCCCGAUAGCCUUGUCCAGGGGAUUGAGCAGCUCACGGGAGGCACGCACACGGCCAGCGCCAUCCGGAAAGUGAUGCAGGAGCUGUUCACCUCAGGGAAAGGUGCUCGGGAUGAAGCCACCAAGAUUCUCAUGGUGAUCACAGAUGGUGUGAAAUCUGGAGACUCACUUUCUUAUUCAGACGUCAUACCUGAAGCUGAGAGAGCUGGAAUCAUCCGCUACUCCAUCGGGGUCGGCAGUGGAGGCCAACAUGAGCUCCAGGAAAUCGCCUCUGAGCCCACCAGGAAGCAUAUCUUCAGGGUGGACAAUUUCAACACCCUCGAGUGCAUCGAGACCCAGCUGCAGGACAAGAUCAUCAUCUUGGAAGGUUAUUUAUCUCAGAUCAUCACAGCCAAUGGACAGAGCAUCUACAUGGUUGGGGCCCCUCUAUGCCAAGGCACCGGCAAAGUCCUCCUGUUCAGCCGAGAUACCAAGGGUGGGGAAUGGACACCUGGACCAGAGCUGUUGGGGGAUCAGGUAUGGGGAACAUUACAGACUGGCUCAUAUUUCGGGAGUAUACUGUGUGCUGUGGACCUCGACAGAGAUGGGAACAUGGACCUGAUUCUAAUCGGAGCCCCAAUGUACCAUACACCUCUGAGUGGAGGACGGGUCUAUAUCUGCCCAAUUAACUUGCCGGGGACGACAAUGAUCUGCAACAAGACACUACAUGGGCAGACGGGGGAAGUGUCUGGGCACUUUGGGGCCAGCAUGUCUGAAAUCGGGGACAUCAGCGGGGACGGACAGAUGGACGUGGCCAUCGGGGCUCCUAUGGAGAAUGACAAUCAUGGGGCCUUGUACAUCUUCCAUGGGGAAAAGGGAGGCCUCAGUCCCCAGUACAGACAGCGCAUAGAGGGGUCACAGUUUCCCAACAGGCUGCAGUACUUUGGCCAGGUUGUCAGCGGCGGGACAGAUCUGACGGGGGAUGGGCUGCCGGACAUCGUGGUGGGGGCACAAGGGCAGGUCCUGCUGCUGAGGUCCCGGCCGGUGCUCAAAGUCAGGGUCGACAUCAGCUUCCAGCCCUCAACCAUCCCCACCUCGGCCUUCGACUGCCAGGGGCAGGAGCAGCUCAACACCGAAGCCAGCAGGGCAGAGGUCUGCUUCACCGUCACUAAGAGCACCAAGGACAGCCUAGGUGACGGGAUCUUCAGCACCAUCCAAUACAGCCUGGCCCUGGACCCCGGGCGGACGAAGAUCCGAGUCACCUUCAACUCCACCGGCCCUGUCCUGAGCAGGAAGCUGCAACUCAGCAUUGAGAAGAAAUGUGAGAGAUAUCAGAUAAUGUUACCUCUCUGUCCCAAAGACAUUCUGACCCCCAUCACCCUACACUUCAACUACACCCUGACAGGGGAGUCCAUUGCUGCCGCCGGUGGCCUCAGACCCAUCCUGAGCAAGGACUUUGUGCCACAGUCUCCAGGCUUGCUCCCGUUUCAGAAGGGCUGUGGCACGGAUGGCCGCUGCGAUGACCAGUUAGAAAUCUCCUUCAAUUUCUCUGGCUUGAGCACCCUGGUUGUGGGGGUCACCCCUGAAAUCAACACCACCGUCUCCAUCCAGAAUCAUGGUCAGAAUUCCUACAGCACCACAGUGCAGUUCUCCUACCCAGCCGCGCUGUCCUACCGCCGGGUCCUGCUGCUCCAGUCUAACAGGAGGUUCCUGGCCAUUAAGUGCAGCUCGUCGGAGGGCUCAGAGGAGCAAUCUCAAUGGAACAGCAUCUGCCACGUCAACCACCCCAUCUUCUGGAGCGGGGCCAAGGUCGUCUUUCUUGCCACUUUCAAUGUCUCCUCUGAGGCUGACCUGGGAGACAGGCUGCAGAUCACGGCCAAUGCCAGCAGUGACAAUGGCGGCCCAUCAACCGAGCGCAUGAUUCCGGGCAGAGCUUGCGUCAAAUACGGCAUCUUCAAUCAUCCCCAGGUCAAGAACCUGCGGCAGCGAAGCGUCCCCAUCUCGGUCACGUUCGAGUUCCCUGUGGAGCUGAGCGGGGUCCGGGUGUGGGACGCCUCUGAGGUCGUCCCCUCCAAGCCCGAGCUGGCCCAGUGCACCAGUCAGGCUGAAACGCCUGGUUCGAAGGACUUUGUGAAGCAGAUGAGCGAGCGCCCCCUGCUGGACUGCUCUGUAGCCACCUGUAAGAAGAUCCGAUGCAGAAUCGCCUCCCUGGAAAUGCAGCAACCCCUGGAGUUUAUGAUCAAAGGGACCAUCAGCUUCCAGUGGGUCUCCCAGACUCAGCAGCAGAAUGUGAGUCUGGUGAGCGAGGCCCGGAUUGAAUACGAGAAGGAGAAAUAUACCCAGAAGGAGGGAUUCAUCCAGUGCCAGGUGCAGACGGUGGUGGAGCGCUCCAAGGUCUAUAACUACCUGCCCAUCAUCGUGGGCAGCAGCGUGGGGGGCCUGGUCCUGCUGGCUCUCAUCACCGCAGCCCUCUACAAGCUCGGCUUCUUCAAGCGCCAGUACAAGCAGAUGAUGGAGGAUGCUGUGGAGGGCGAGGGAUCUUGCCUGACCCAGAAGGCAACUGCUGGCAACCCCCCUGCUUCUGAUACCCCCAAACAAUAG